GCCGGCCGGGCCAGGCAGCUGAGGGGUGGGUGGGCCGCGUUGCCAGCCCGCUCGCGGGGUCCCCAUUGGCCGCCUGCCGGCAGCCCUCCGCCCCAGAGGUGGCGAGGAGCCGAAAGGCUGCGCCGGAGCCCGAGAGAGAGAGCCCGGCCGAGUCGACGCCAGGGACAUUGUUCCCACCGCGGAGGGGACACGGCAACCCUCGCGGCUGCAGGGUCUGGAGCCGGCACCGCGGCGGACGCACGGGAUCCACCCCCAACCCCCCCCACCCCAACUCGGUCCCUCCCUCCACUCUCGUCGCCACCCCGCUGGUCUCCGGCGCUGGCGCCUAUGAUCGGCCUCAGACAGCGCUCCGGAGGGACUCGAGGAGCUCCCGGGCGCCCGGGCCUGGAGACUGAUGCUUGAGGGGCCCAGGGAGGCGCAGGAGCUGUGGUGAUGGUUUGGCAAGAGGAGCUGAAGUGCGCUGGGCUUUGUGAGGCGUGACAGUUUAUCAUGACUGUGUUCAGGCAGGAAAACGUGGAUGAUUACUACGACACCGGCGAAGAACUUGGCAGUGGGCAGUUUGCGGUCGUGAAGAAAUGCCGGGAGAAAAGCACCGGUCUGCAGUACGCCGCCAAAUUCAUCAAGAAGAGGAGGACGAAAUCGAGCCGCCGGGGCGUGAGCCGCGAGGACAUCGAGCGGGAAGUGAGCAUCCUGAAGGAGAUCCAGCACCCCAACGUCAUCACCCUGCACGAGGUGUACGAGAACAAGACGGACGUCAUCCUGAUUCUAGAACUUGUUGCAGGUGGCGAGCUGUUUGACUUUUUAGCAGAAAAGGAGUCUUUGACUGAAGAGGAAGCAACCGAAUUUCUCAAACAGAUUCUGAAUGGUGUUUAUUACCUGCAUUCCCUUCAGAUUGCUCACUUCGAUCUUAAGCCCGAGAACAUAAUGCUUUUGGAUAGAAAUGUCCCCAAACCUCGGAUCAAGAUCAUUGACUUUGGGUUGGCUCAUAAAAUUGACUUUGGAAAUGAAUUCAAGAACAUAUUUGGGACGCCAGAGUUUGUUGCUCCUGAGAUCGUCAACUAUGAACCUCUGGGUCUUGAAGCGGACAUGUGGAGUAUCGGGGUAAUAACCUACAUUCUCCUAAGUGGGGCCUCCCCAUUUCUUGGAGACACAAAGCAAGAAACGUUGGCAAAUGUGUCUGCUGUCAACUAUGAAUUUGAGGAUGAAUACUUCAGUAACACCAGUGCCCUCGCCAAAGAUUUCAUAAGAAGACUUCUGGUCAAGGAUCCAAAGAAGAGAAUGACAAUUCAAGAUAGUUUGCAGCAUCCCUGGAUCAAGCCUAAAGAUACACAGCAAGCACUUAGUAGAAAAGCAUCGGCAGUAAACAUGGAGAAAUUCAAGAAGUUCGCAGCUCGAAAAAAAUGGAAACAAUCCGUUCGCUUGAUAUCACUGUGCCAAAGAUUAUCCAGGUCGUUCCUGUCCAGAAGUAACAUGAGCGUUGCCAGAAGUGACGAUACUCUGGAUGAGGAAGACUCCUUUGUGAUGAAAGCCAUCAUCCAUGCCAUCAAUGAUGACAACGUCCCAGGCUUGCAGCACCUUCUGGGAUCUCUGUCCAACUACGAUGUUAACCAACCCAACAAGCAUGGGACACCUCCGUUACUGAUUGCUGCUGGCUGUGGGAAUAUUCAAAUACUACAGCUGCUCAUUAAAAGAGGCUCGAGAAUCGACGUCCAAGAUAAGGGCGGAUCCAAUGCCAUCUACUGGGCUUCUCGGCAUGGCCACGUAGAUACCUUGAAAUUUCUCAAUGAGAACAAAUGUCCUCUGGAUGUUAAAGAUAAGUCUGGAGAGACAGCCCUACAUGUGGCAGCUCGCUAUGGCCAUGCCGACGUGGUCCAGUUACUCUGCAGUUUCGGCUCUAAUCCCAAUUUCCAGGACAAGGAAGAAGAAACUCCUCUGCACUCUGCUGCCUGGCAUGGCUACUACUCCGUGGCCAAAGCCCUUUGUGAAGCUGGCUGCGAUGUGAACAUUAAGAACCGUGAAGGGGAGACGCCCCUCCUGACCGCCUCCGCCAGGGGCUACCACGACAUCGUGGAGUGUCUGGCGGAACACGGAGCGGACCUGGAUGCUGCCGACAAGGACGGACACAUUGCGCUUCACCUUGCUGUCCGGCGGUGUCAGAUGGAGGUCAUCAAAACCCUCCUCAGCCAAGGAUGUUUCGUCGAUUUCCAAGACAGACACGGCAACACCCCGCUCCACGUGGCCUGCAAGGAUGGCAACGCGCCCAUCGUGGCCGCCCUCUGCGAAGCCAGCUGCAACGUGGACAUCUCCAACAAGUAUGGACGAACCCCUCUCCACCUUGCGGCCAACAAUGGGAUCCUGGACGUGGUCCGCUACCUCUGCCUGACCGGAGCCAACGUGGAGGCACUGACCUCUGAUGGAAAGACGGCAGAAGAUCUUGCUAAAUCAGAACAACAUGACCAUGUAGCUUGCCUGCUUGCAAGACUCCGAAAGGAUACACACCGAGGACUCUUCAUCCAGCAGCUUCGACCCACGCAGAACCUGCAGCCGAGGAUCAAACUGAAGCUGUUUGGCCACUCGGGCGCCGGGAAGACCACUCUGGUGGAAUCGCUCAAGUGCGGGCUGCUGAGGAGCUUCUUCAGAAGGCGGAGGCCACGGCUCUCCUCCACCAACUCCACCCGCUUCCCACCGUCUCCCCUGGCUUCCAAGCCAGCAGUCUCCGUGAGCAUCAACAACCUGUACCCCGGCUGUGAGAACGUGAGUGUGAGGAGCCGCAGCAUGAUGUUCGAGCCAGGCCUCACCAAGGGGAUGCUGGAGGUGUUUGUGGCCCCGGCCCACCACUCGCACUGCUCGGCCGAUGACCAGUCCACAAAGGCCAUCGACAUCCAGAACGCCUAUCUGAAUGGAGUUGGUGAUUUCAGCGUGUGGGAGUUCUCUGGAAAUCCUGUAUAUUUCUGCUGCUAUGAUUAUUUUGCUGCCAAUGAUCCCACAUCGAUCCACAUCGUUGUUUUUAGUCUAGAAGAACCCUAUGAGAUCCAGCUGAAUCAAGUGAUCUUCUGGUUGAGCUUCCUGAAGUCUCUUGUCCCCGUUGAAGAACCCAUAGCCUUCGGCGGCAAGCUCAAGAACCCGCUCCGAGUCGUCCUGGUGGCCACCCACGCCGACAUCAUGAAUGUACCUCGUCCAGCCGGAGGCGAGUUUGGAUAUGACAAGGACAUGUCGUUGCUGAAAGAGAUCAGGAACAGGUUUGGGAAUGAUCUUCACAUUUCAAAUAAGCUGUUUGUUCUGGACGCUGGGGCUUCUGGAUCUAAGGACAUGAAAGUACUCCGGAAUCACCUGCAGGAGAUACGGAGCCAGAUCGUUUCUGUCUGCCCUCCCAUGACUCACCUGUGUGAGAAGACCAUCUGCACGCUGCCCUCCUGGAGGAAACUCAACGGGCCCAACCAGCUCAUGUCGCUGCAGCAGUUCGUGUACGACGUGCAGGACCAGCUGAACCCCCUGGCCAGCGAGGAGGACAUCCGGCGCAUCGCUCAGCAGCUCCACAGUGCCGGCGAGAUCAACAUCAUGCAGAGUGAAACGGUCCAGGACGUGCUGCUCCUGGACCCCCGCUGGCUCUGCACCUGCGUCCUGGGGAAGCUGCUGUCUGUUGAGACACCCCGAGCCCUGCACCAUUACCGGGGCCGCUACACCAUGGAGGACAUCCAGCGCUUGGUGCCCGACUGUGAUGUGGAGGAGCUGCUGCAGAUCCUGGACGCCAUGGACAUCUGCGCCCGAGACCUGAGCAGCGGCACCAUGGUGGACAUCCCGGCCCUGAUCAAGACAGACAACCUGCACCGCUCCUGGAUGGAUGAGGAGGACGAGGCGAUGGUCUAUGGUGGGGUGCGUAUCGUCCCCGUGGAGCACCUCGCCCCCUUCCCCUGUGGCAUCUUUCACAAGGUCCAGGUGAACCUGUGCAGGUGGAUCCACCAGCAGAGCGCCGAGGGCGAGGCGGACAUCCGCCUGUGGGUGAACGGCUGCAAGAUCGCCAACCGCGGGGCAGAACUGCUGGUGCUCCUGGUCAACCACGGCCAGGGCAUCGAGGUGCAGGUCCGCGGGCUCGAGACCGAGAAGAUCAAGUGCUGCCUCCUGCUGGACUCGGUGUGCAGCACCAUCGAGAACGUCAUGGCCACCACGUUGCCUGGGCUGUUGACGGUGAAGCACUACUUGAGCCCCCAGCAGCUGAGGGAGCACCACGAGCCCGUCAUGAUUUACCAGCCGCGGGACUUCUUCCGGGCGCAGACCCUGAGGGAGAGCUCGCUGGCUAACACCAUGGGUGGGUACAAGGAGAGCUUCAGUAGCAUCACGUGCUUCGGGUGUCACGACAUCUACUCCCAGGCCAGCCUGGGGAUGGACAUCCCCGCCUCGGAUCUCAACCUCCUGACCCGGAGAAAACUCAGUCGUCUCCUGGACCUGCCCGAUCCCAUGGGGAAGGACUGGUGCCUUCUCGCGAUGAACUUGGGCCUCCCCGACCUCGUGGCAAAGUACAACACCAGUAACGGGGCUCCCAGGGACUUCCUCCCGAGCCCGGUCCAUGCCCUGCUCCGGGAGUGGACCAGCUACCCUGAGAGUACGGUUGGCAUCCUCAUGUCCAAACUGAGGGAGCUGGGUCGCCGGGACGCGGCGGACUUUCUGCUGAAGGCGUCCCCUGUGUUCAAAAUAAACCUGGAUGCCAGCGGCCAGGAGGCCUAUGCAUCUAGUUGCAACAGCGGCACAUCUUACAAUUCCAUUAGCUCGGUCGUGUCCCGGUGAGGGCAGCCUUUGGUUUGGGCAGGGUCUCUUUGGAGUGCGGAAGCAAAGGGGAUGCAGCCCAACUUCCUGUGGGAGAUUCCGGUGCAUUCCUCCUAUGCUCACAUAACAAAGGACUACCCUCCCCUCCCACCCCUUCACCCAUUUCUCUGCCACUACUUCCCUCCCUCUCACAGUUCUGUUGUAUGUGAAUGGUCUUUCCCGUCUAAGAGCAGACCAUCUCUUUUACUUUGGCCAUUUGAAAAGCUCGUGGACCUGCUCUCAGUGUUUUGGACUCCCCGUCUCGUCCCACAAUACCUUGCUUCUUACUGAUCAUUUUACUGGAAUUCCGAACUUUUCAGUGAAAUUUUUUUAACUACUGUAUUGAUUGUCCUUAAAAAAAAAAUACACAUUUAAAAAG